ACCUCCACGAUGAAUGUCUAUCUUCUGAUCUCUGUCACAGUUCUGCUAGGUUUAUGUUCCUGCGAGCCGGUCUUUGAUAUCACGGAUCCAGCGUUCAUUGAGGAAUGUGUGAGAGAACACAACAAGCACCGCUCCAACGUGAACCCCACGGCCGCAAACAUGCGCUACAUGACGUGGGAUGAAGGCCUGGCGGUGACGGCACGGGCCUGGGCCAGAUUCUGUGUCUUUAAACAUAACAUUUACCUCAGAGAGGUGAAAAAGGUACAUCCCACAUUCACAUCUGUGGGAGAAAACAUCUGGGCAGUAAAAGGAUACUCCUCGUUCAAACCUGAAUCUGCAGUGAAGUUGUGGAAGGACGAGGACAAAGAUUACAAUUACGAUACAAAGCAGUGCACAAAAGUAUGCGGCCACUACACACAGAUUGUCUGGGCAGAUUCGUACAAGGUUGGUUGCGCCGCACAAGUGUGUCCCAAUGGUGUGGCUGAAACAUCCUUCUCAACAAAACCUGGAAUUAUUUUUGUGUGCAAUUAUGCGACAGCAGGAAAUUAUCCGGAUGUAUCUCCGUACAGAAGUGGAGAACCAUGCAGCGGCUGCAAACAAGAGACGUGUGCAAACAACCUCUGUCAAAACUCCACUCGUGAUGCACUGCAGAGUUACAAUUGGACUCCAGACUGGGACCCAGCACCGUCCUCCUGCUCCUCUGUUGGUUGUGAUUAUCAGACACAUAUUUUAGUCCUGCUUGUGUUUGCCUGCGUUUACUGCCUACAGCACCUGUUUGCAUAAGAGUAGACCUCUGGACUCAACCGCAAAAACCAUGAAAGUCUACAUUCAGCAGAAGCCAUGAUUCCACUGGACUGAGAGGAACAUCCAUGCCCUGAAAAACAUUUAAUGCAAAGAAUAAGAUGCCUACUCAUUGUAUAAUAAAUUUGUAUAAUAACUCCAUGUGUAACUGAAUUUUUGGAAGCUUUGUUAAAUAAAAAAUAAAAGAUUUCUCUGGAAA